AGUCCCCAACACAGACGGCAGCGAGCGACCACCACAGAGACAGCCGGCACAGUCCCCUGGACCUGCCACCGACCCGACAGACCCUCAGCCAAGCCCAUAGACGAGGACCGAGCCCAGAGAGACCGGGACAGACCGAGAGGUGAUUUCAAAAAAGGACAGAGAGGAACGCCGGAUCCUUCUACGGAAAGACAAGAGAGACAGCAGUGAGAAUGCAGGUGUGUACCAUUGUGGAGAAGAGUGCCGGGGCCGUGGUGGCAGCAGAGCUGGCCUGCAGCUUACGGGAGGAGAACAAGACUCAGAGGGAAAGCUACAUGGCAGACUGGCACAGCGUCACCCUCAAGACCCGGCCACAGGACAGGCAGACCAUGAACAUGAACGACGACUCUCGUCGCGAGACUCUGUCUCGGCAGUGGGAGGCUCGCUCCCUGCUCCAGACCUGCCCGUCUGGGGUGUACAGAGUGGGCACAGUGGAGAGGGGGGUGAGGGAACACCAGCUCCUCCCCAAGAGGAACACCCUGCCUCUGCCCAUCUUCACCCCGGCAGAGCUGGGCAUCCGGCUGGGCCGCGGAGCACCCCACACCCUGGAGGACCUCCGCCCCUUCCACACUCCAGAUGGAGCCUGCCCCAACAAGAGGGCCGUGGACGAGAUCACCAAGGCCCUUCCUCCAGUCAAGCCAUUCAGGAUGGAGUUCGCCAAAGCUCCCAAAGCCCUGGGCCGAUCCAUCUCCCAGGAGAUCCAGAGAGGGUGAAGACGACCCACAGGAGGAAGAGACAGAAGGAGGGGAAGUUAGGGAGAGAAGUGUACAGAGAAGAGAAGGAUGAGCAGCAUGCAAGGAAAAUGGAGGGACCGAGAAAAGCAGGGAGAAGCGUAUUUAGAUGAAUAUCCUUUAGUGUCAUCCUGUAGUUCUUUAGAUACCUGACAGUGUAUACCUUUCCCUUACAUCAGGGAAACGGCAAAUGUCACAUGCUUA